AUGUCUGCAUUGUCUAUCAAUAUUCAACUCAAUACAGGUGCCAGUAUUCCUGCCGUUGGUUUUGGAACUGUUUGCGAUGAAGCCAAUAAGGGAAUCUUUAAGGAAGCCCUAGAAGCAGCAUUGCUAGAAGGUGGCUAUCGCCACAUCGAUACCGCUUGGUGUUACGGCACUGAGGCGCUGAUCGGUGAAGUCUUGCAAAAGUUGUUUGAUUCUGGCAAGCUUAAGAGAGAAGAUGUUUUUGUGACCACCAAAGUAUGGCCUUCGUUAUGGGCAAAUCCGUUAAAGUCUUUGGACAAGUCGUUGCAUGAUCUUCAUUUGGACUAUGUGGAUCUCUUGCUACAGCACUGGCCCUUGGCAUUUGACUCUGAUGAGAAUGGUCAUCCUAAAGUUCCAAAGGAUGAGCAAGGACACGUCAAAUUCGCCAAGGGAGCAGACUACUUGGACACAUGGAAGAAGAUGAUCGAGAUUUACAAGACUACCGACAAGGUCAAGGCCAUUGGUAUUUCUAACUAUACGGUUGCUAUGAUGAAAAGACUUCUCGAGCAGACAGAUGUGGUUCCGGCAGCAAAUCAGGUGGAAUUGCAUCCACAUUUGCCUCAAGUGGAGUUUGUCAAGUUUUGCCAAGAUCACCACAUAAUAGUGGAGGCUUUCUCUCCACUUGGAUCCACCGGAGCACCUAAUUUGAAGAUUCCUAUAGUUGUGGAUCUUGCCAAAAAAUAUGGCGUUCCAGCGGUGGACAUCUUGGUCAACUAUCACGUUCAGGCAGGAAGAGUCGUUCUUCCUAGAUCGCAGAACAUCAAAAGAAUCAAGAAGGGAUUCUCUGAAGUGAAGCUCACUAAAAACGAGUUGGCUCAAUUGGACCAAUACGGAAUUGAGCAUCCAAAGAGAUAUAUCUGCCAAGAUUGGGGUAAAGGUAUUGGAUUUGAGCAUUGGGGUUAA